AUGUGGACUUCGACACGGGUAGCCGUUCGACUCGGCACGUCUACAUUCCGGUUUCAGCUUCCAGCGCUUGCAUCGUGGACUGGAUCGUCGUCGUUGACGCCUGCACUUGCUGGACUCCCCACCCCCACCGCUGGUUCGGCACCGUCAGAGUCGGGAUUGGCAGGGUUGUGGAAUGGGAUCCUGCUCGCUGUGCCAAAGAAGAAGGUUUCGCACUCGCGAAAGUCGAUGCGCGCAGCCAACAAGGGUCUGAAGGAUAGGGUGGAUCUGGUGCAUUGCAGUGCGUGCGGAAAGCCCAAGCUGCAACAACACAUUUGCGCUUACUGCUACAACGAACUCAACCGUGCAAGGAAGAGCGCUCUCGCUCAGUCGACCGAUGCAACAGCCAAGACACAACCCGAACCAACGCAACAAUAA